AGUGCCUGCCGAGAGAUCGGAUCUCUCGGUUUCCCCGGGGGGCCGCAGCCUGGCGUGUGGGGGCGCAGGCCCGGGGGAUGCUGGGCUCGGUGAAGAUGGAGGCUCAUGACCUGGCCGAGUGGAGCUACUACCCGGAGGCGGGCGAGGUGUACUCUCCAGUGUACAUGGCCCCUCUUAACUCCUACAUGACCUUGAACCCUCUCAGCUCUCCCUACCCUCCAGGAGGGCUUCAGGCCUCCCCACUGCCUACAGGACCCCUGGCACCCCCAGCCGCCACAGCACCUCUGGGGCCCACCUUCCCAGGCCUGGGUACUGGUGGCAACAGUGGAAGCAGUACUUCCGGCUACGGAGCCCCAGGGUCUGGGCUGGUACCUGGCAAGGAGAUGGCGAAGGGGUACCGGCGUCCACUGGCCCAUGCCAAGCCACCAUAUUCCUACAUCUCUCUCAUCACUAUGGCCAUCCAACAGGCGCCAGGCAAAAUGCUGACCCUGAGUGAGAUCUACCAAUGGAUCAUGGACCUCUUCCCAUACUACCGGGAGAAUCAGCAACGCUGGCAGAACUCCAUUCGGCACUCGCUGUCCUUCAAUGACUGCUUUGUCAAGGUGGCACGCUCCCCAGACAAGCCGGGCAAAGGCUCCUACUGGGCCUUACAUCCCAGCUCUGGGAACAUGUUUGAGAAUGGCUGCUACCUUCGGCGUCAGAAACGCUUCAAGCUGGAGGAGAAGGCGAAGAAAGGAACCACCAGGAAUGGCGCGGUGGGGUCAGCCACCUCUGCCACAACCACAGUGGCCACGGUAGUCACUUCUCAGGCUCAGCCCCAGCCUACUCCUUCUGAGCCUGAGGCCCAAAAUGGGGAAGAUGUGGGGAGUCUGGACUGCACCUCUCCCCCUUCUUCCACACCCUAUUUCACUGGCUUGGAGCUCCCAGGGGAACUGAAGUUGGAUGCACCCUACAACUUCAACCACCCCUUCUCUAUCAACAACCUGAUGUCAGAACAGACACCAGCACCUUCCAAACUGGAUGUGGGGUUUGGAGGCUACGGAGCUGAGAGCGGGGAGCCAGGGGUCUACUACCAGAGCCUCUAUUCCCGCUCUCUGCUCAACGCAUCCUAGCAGGGCAGCUGGGAACACGGUGAUGGGGGUUAACUGUGACAGACACCAGGUUCUUGGG